CCAAAAGGAGCGGCGGCGCUCAGCCCACCUCUCUCUCUCUCUUUCCUCUCGUCUGUCCCCUGAAUCCACAAAACCAGAGCUCCCUCGUCUCGAAAGAUCCGUUCCCUUCGACACCUACUCUGUUCUCAGUCUUCGAUGAUCGCCCGCCGAUCCCUUUUCCUCAGUCCUUGCUGUUGGCUUGAGCUCCGUUGAUAUAUAUCACCUCGAGUCUUCGGCCAGAAAGAGGGCAGGGUCGAGGGGAGUGGUACACAAAAAGAGAGAUGGGGAGGUCUCAGCGGCAGCUGAGGGCCGUGCUCCGCAAGAACUGGCUUCUCAAAAUCCGCCACCCUUUCGCCACCUGUGCUGAGAUUCUGCUGCCAACGAUUGUGAUGUUGAUGCUCAUCGGAAUAAGGUCUAGAGCUGACACGCAAAUUCACCCCGUGCAAGCGUAUAUUAGAAAGGGCAUGCUUGUUGAGGUGGGCAAAAGUGAGAUCUCUCCAAGUUUUGACAGUAUUUUGAAGUUGUUGUUCGUGAACGGUGAACAUCUCGCUUUUGCACCUGACACCGACAAAACAAGGUUGAUGCUGGACGUGCUCUCUUCGAAGUUUCCGCUCCUAAAGAUGGUUGGCAGACUUUACAAGAAUGAAGCUGACCUGGAAAAUUACAUAAGGUCAGAACUGUACGGCGUCAAUGAUCAAGUGAGGAACCUAUCAAAUCCCAAGAUCAAAGGAGCAGUAGUUUUUCACGCACAAGGUCCUCAAACAUUUGACUAUAGCAUACGUCUUAAUCACACAUGGGCUUUCUCAGGUUUUCCUAAUGUUAAAACCAUCAUGGAUGUAAACGGACCAUAUCUCAACGACCUCGAGCUCGGUGUUAACAUUGUACCAAUUCUUCAAUAUGGAUUCAGUGGAUUUCUGACCUUGCAGCAGGUGAUGGAUUCAUUGAUAAUUCUUCUUGCACAACUAAAUGGAACUAAUGUUAUGUCUGAGAGUAUAAAUGUAACAGAAACAUUAUCACCUUUUAUUGGACCUCGCUCUCAUGUGAACUUCAGAUGGACGGAGUUUAUUCCAGAAAAUAUCAGAAUUGUACCAUUUCCAACUCGAGAAUAUACAGAUGAUGAGUUCCAGUCAAUUGUGAAGAUUGUCAUGGGAUUAUUUUAUCAUGUGCUAUAACCUAAGAAGAAAAUUUCUGAUGCAACAACUGCUGUUAUCCGCUCGACCCACUUCCCUCUUGGGCUGCUUUCUGCACCUAUUUUGGUCUGAAUCCACGGUUGGCUCUAAUUGUGGCCUCUUUUGGGAAACUAAACCAAUUUAACAGGGCUCAGAUCUUGUCCUGAUAAAAUUGAGUCAGCAGCUCUUAUUGACAAUAGGAAAGGAGCCAACACUCCCGUUAACUCGACCAAAGUGGCACAGAAAUUUUUUAUCUUCAGACAGGAGCAAAGAUGCAACUGGGUUGUUUGGCCAGCAGUGAAAGGCUUAGGCAACAAUGUUUAGAAGGAUGAAACAGUUUUUUUUUAAAAGUCUUGUUUUGUUAACUUUGUAAGCCUCCUGGCAUACGUUUAGGCUGUAUUACAGUUGAUUCCAGCAGCUGAAUGCUCUAUUUUCUUA